ACCUAUGUCAAAAAUAAGUCAUUGAUCACCAUCAUAACUGUUUAAAAAAUGUGAUAUUAUAUAAAUUGGCAAUAUAAUGUUUUAUAAGAUACGCGACUAUUUUGUUCCUGAUCAUUCAUCAUGUCGUCAUUUGAUGUAAAUCAAGAUAAUAGCCAAGAAAAGUUUUUAAAACCAAAGCCUCAGAAGAAAAUAACACCUUCUUCCAGCAUCAGAUCUGAAUUUAAUACAAUGGAAAGUGGUAGUAGGCAGCUUAUUUCUAUUAAAAAACUUAAGGCAAAACUUCUGUCAAAUCGUGUAUCGGCCACUAGUGAUUCUACAACUGAAAGUAGGGUUCAACCAUGGACAUCUCCAUACUUGACACAAAAAUAUAACACAGCAGGUGUAAAGAAUGAAAAUGAAAAUCCAUUUUUUAUAGAUGAUUUUCCUGCAGUAAAUUAUAAAGAUUUAAAAUAUCUAGAAAGUUUUUCUAAAACCAAAUAUAAACCUUAUGACAUAUAUCUAAAAAAUGUAUCAAAAACUGCUAGUGACAAUUUAAGGAAUCAAUCGGAAAUUAGAUUUGACAAGAAAGGAAAACAAAUGCUUACCACAUUGGAUGACUUUCCUCCAAUUUUAGGCGAUUGCUUAGGAUCUGUAAUUAUUCCUCAAGUAAUAGAUAAUCCAGAUAAAGAUGUGCAAAAAAUUUUAAGUUCUUAUGGACCUGAUAAUGACGAAACCAAAAUUAAUAAAUUGAGAGAUUUUAGUAGCUAUAAACCAAAACCAUCUCAUGAAAAUAAACCACAAGCAAGUACUGAAAAUGUAAGGCAAAGCAUGCUUAAGCAAUUGUAUGAAGGCGCUACUGAAGUACUUAAUAUGACACAGUCAGAAGCACCAGAACAUCAAGAAUCAAUUGACAAAAAUAUAUUAAAAAAAUCUGAAAAUUGGGACACUCCUAGAUCUGAAAAAUCUAAGAUUUUGAAAAAAAAAUCAAUAACUAAUCUGGAAACAGUAGUAACCAAUUUCGAUUAUCUCUCGAAACCAGAAUUGGACAACGAUAAAAACAAAGCCAUACAAAUACCGCAAGCAAGUAGUUAUAUACUAAGUACCGCACGGGUUUAUCCCUCAUGCUGUGAAAUUUCUGCAUCCAAAGUUAUCGAGGAUAUAUCUACACGUGAUAUUAUCAGCUCCAAUCCUUUAGAACAUCCACUAAUAUCUCAGUUGCAGUUUAAAAGUUAUACCAAAGAAAUUAAUGAUGAUAAGAGCUCCUCUUUGGAAUGUACAAGAGAAAGUAUACCGGAAUCCAAAAACAAAAUAUUAAAGGACACUUGUGAUAUUACAACGUGUGACAAAUUUGCAAAGGCAUUUGGCCUAAAAAAACGAAGGUUUUGCUGUGAGAAUGGACUUUGUCCUAUUAACGAUCCUACUACGAGUACCUAUAAGUUUUUACUAGCUACUAAAAUAUGCUGCAAUACUAGGGGAUGUCAACUAGCAGCUAAAAUCUGUGACAUUUAUGAACCUCUAGUAAAUGCAGAUCUAGAUGUCGAACUAGAUGGAGAACAAAAGUACCAUUACUUGGCUUCUGACAUUGGUAUCAAUGAUGCCCAAAUAACAAACCAAGAAAAACCUAAUGAAAACAAUCCGGAUCUAUCUUAUUUGAUCGAAUCUGUUAGAGACUCAAUUGAAGAACAAGACAAGGAAGAAAAAAUAGAAGUGAAGCAGGUUUCAACCGAAAAUAUUAAAGAGAUCGUAAAUCCGAUGGAUCAAGAUUUAUCAGAAAUUAUUAAUUUCGAAGGGGCUAGACGAAGAACUAGUACAGUGAGCUGGAUUGAACCAACCGAUAUAGCUGCAGUGCAUUCUAAAAGUCAAGAAGAAGUAAUUUCUAGAGCAACCGCUGAAGCAGAUAAAUUUAGGCAAACACCAGCAGCAAUUAGACAUGGUUCUGUUUUUGGAGAUAUUAUGAGAAAAAAGUUAGAAGAGCAAUCAUCAGUAGUUGUUGUUGAACAUGAACCAACCAUCGUUAAAUCUCAGUUAAAUUCAAAUAUUAUCGAUGAAAGCCUUAAGGAAAAACCUAAGUGUUGUCCAAGUUUCAGAGAAAAGUUUAAAAAGAAGAAACCGCUUAUUAGUGGAAGUUCCCAUAGUAGUAAUGAAAUUAACCGAAAGCAGUUUAGAAACGUUUCCACCGAAAAGGACUUAUCGGACAGAUUAACAUAUUCUGAACGUAGAAAACAUCACCAUAAAAAACAUAAGAAACAUAGAAAAGACCGUCAAAUACAAGCGGAGGAACAAACGCAGCAGAUUCAAUUAUCCUGGUUGCUCCGCGUUUUAUUAGGAGGCGAUACGUAAAUUAGGUCUCUAGUACAGUCAAUCUGGCAUCCAAAAAGGAAACCACUGACGACGGUGCUUAUUCAAAGAAACAUCUUAAAAAAGUCGCAAGCCCAAUACAAGAAAAAAAACAGCAAGUUAAUAAUUUAUUAGAUAAAAUGUAAAGACCAUUAAAUUAAUAUUAAACUGAAACUAUAUUUUAGUAAAA